AUGGUUCUCGGGGCGGCUGCCAUGGGGGCGGUUCUGCCGGUGAUGGCCAUGCCCGCGCUUUGUGCGCUCUGGGCACAAAUGCUGGUGAUGCUUCCCGUUGGUUUUGGCAUGGCCUUGAUGGGGGAUCCCACUUUCCCCCGGCUUGUGAGCGCACUGAAGCUGACGGGAAGCGAAGACGAAGCCGUCGCAGUUGUUUUGUACGACGGACUCUACUCGGGGGGCAUGAUCAUGGGGCCCUUUGUUGGCCUGUCGCUCAAAAACGCCACGUCAUCAGCGACAGUUCUGCAGAUCCUGAGCGGGUGCCUUGCGCUUAUGAUAAGCGCGAUAUACUGCGGAACCGAAUCCACUUUCGGAGGAGCGCAGCCGCGGUCUUCGCUGCCUGGCGACGUUCUGCGCAUCAUCCUGAACAAAAUCGGCCUGAAGGAUCGCCUGCGGCUGGAGCUGCUGAGCAAGAGCCAUCGAGACACGCUGAGGGAGCCGGAACUUUGGCGGGAGCUAAACCUUGCGUCCAUGCAAGCUCUGGACCUCAGCGAUGACCAGCUACUCCAUCUGUUGAGCAGAACGAACUCAGGCUUGUUGGAGAAGCUCUCAUCUCAGGUAUACGCCAUGGCGGAGAUUCUCGAGGAACUGACGCAGGCUGAAAGCUUCAUCAAGAGACCUUUCAACGAGUGUCUGAACAGGCUACCAAUGGCUGUGGAAGUUGGUCCCCACAGAGCCAACAUUCUGUUCCCCCUGACUGCGAUCCUCUUCUCUUUCCUUUACCGAGUAGUGCCGGCAUCUUGGGGUCCAACAAGAGCGAUCGUUGAAACAUGCACAACCUGGUUCAGCGACCAAGUCAACCGGGUGAUUCGGAUCUUCCCUCGGAUCUUGAGACUCAUCGCGGCUUGUCAGGCAAAUAUAAAGCACCCCAGUGCUUUCAAGAGGACUCUUCUUGCUUCCUUCAACGGUCCACCCAGUGUGAGGCUUGCUCAAGUAGACUCAGCAAAGGUUGCUGUUUUUUUAAACGCCUCUGGGGCCGCAGAUCUAUCACCAGCCUUCAUCGCAGCCUGCAUCGUAGCUCUCUCAGCCGCAGGAUUCAAGACAGAAUUCAGAAUGGAGGGCAACAUGGACCCUCUGUUCUCCCUGCACCUGGUCAGUCUGAUCCAGGCUUUGGCUGUCGACUGCUCAGUGCGCGUAAAUCUGCUAGUUUCUGGCGCGCACUUUGGGCCGAAUCUGAAGCACUUUCUGAAGAACUUCAAUUCUUGGUUGGGUGAUCAGGAAGGGGGUUCAGAGCAUGAUGUAGCCGCUUCUCUCUCCUCGAGCCUCGCAGCAUUCCGUUCCUCGGUGUAUCCGGAUUCAUCAGCAGCAUAUCAGAGAUUCGAGCAGAAGUUUUUCGUCCUGGCUAAGCUCAGGACGGAGGUCGAAGCGAUAGCAGGCAGGGCUUAUACACGCGGUGCUAAAGCCAAGGUUUUGAGCCAGAGUGUGGUCAUUGAGAACCUCCUCAAUGGAGUAGAUCAGCAUCUUCUGCGAGACGAACUGCAGGAAUACCUGAGCGCGUCACCUUCCAAGCUCCGCCUCGUCUUGCGGAACUGCCGGCUGAGUAACGCAAACAUCGUUUCGCUCUGCGAUAUGCUGGGGGAGCGUGGUGUGGGCCACGUCACAUUUCAGCAGACUGGAUUCAUGCGCCCUAGGUUCCGGUUGGGAAACUCCGUCCUUUCGUCUUUGGGGUUGCGCAACAGCAAGGACCUUCAAAUCCUGGAGCUGGACUGUCGCCUCCGUCAAUCAGACUUCCACGCACUGACCGCUUUCCUGGAUGCGAACGAGCCGGGUGCCAAGAUCCAGAUCCAUAUGCGUCGGUCCUUCUACUGCCUGGACCUUCGCAAAGCCCGGGGAGUCCUCUCAAAGCUGAAGGCGCUGUGCUCCUCAGAGCGGGGUGCCCGGGUGAGAGUGGUGCAGCACCCAGGUGGAGCACCGGGCGGGAGUCUUGAUCAGGCCACGGAUAGCGUCAGCACCUUCGAUAACUCGCCCUUUGAGCGCGAGGUUGCCACAGCAAUAAAGUACGAGUUGCUGCUCAAGGGAAUAUACCUCACUAUUGACGUCCUGCAACUCUUCGAUCAACUAUCCUGCCUCCUCUACGUCUUUCAAAGGAUGCUGCUGGGGCAAGCCAAGCCGCUGACGUCACUUUGGGGCGCGGGAUUCGUUCUCGAGUCCAUGUGGCGGCCAGUCCACUCUUUGCUACAAGGCGAGAGCCAUGUUUUGGCUGCCAGUGCUACGAGCCUUUUCUAUGCUGCGCUUUUCCCGUGGUACCGCAUCCUAGUCCAGUACGCGGUUGAAGCUUGCGUGGCGUAUCUGUGGGCCUGUCUUGUUUGGACAGCGUUGAAACAGCUUGCUAGGCUGCCAGGGGCGGCUUUAACACGAAGGUAG